UAAGGCAACCCAUAUUUUCUGCGCCUUCAUCUUCUCUUUCCACAUUCUCAAUGAUACCUAUAUAUACACAUCAUAUCCAGUCCCACGCAAAGACACCCAGCUAGCUUAUGAGAGCUAUAAGACACCACCUUUCACCGCUGAAUUCCAGGAUCACUCGCCCACCAUCUCUUUUUUCUUUAACAAAUAUCAUGUCAGAAUCUCAUCAUUCCCCUGCUUUCAACACACCCAGAUUGGUCCUCAAGAAGGUUUUGGCCAAAUCUCAACAUGAAGGCGAUGGAGCUGUUGUUAGAAGAGGCAUUGGAAGAAGCGAGUUGAAGAACUUGGAUCCCUUCCUAAUGUUGGAUCACUUCUCAGUAUCUCCCCCCGGAGGAUUCCCUGAUCAUCCACACAGAGGUUUUGAGACAGUCACCUACAUGCUAGAGGGAGGCAUAACUCACCAAGAUUUUGCUGGGCACGAGGGCACAAUAAGAACUGGUGAUGUUCAGUGGAUGACCGCAGGCAGGGGAAUAAUUCACUCUGAAAUGCCUGCAGAAGCAAACAACAAAGGAUUGCAACUAUGGAUCAAUUUAGCAGCCAAGGACAAAAUGAUUGAACCUAAUUAUCAAGAACUUCCAAGUGAGAACAUACCAACAGCAGAAAAAGAUGGGGUUGAGGUGAGAGUGAUAGCAGGAGGAGCAAUGGGGGUUCAUUCGCCUGUCUACACCAGAACUCCAACCAUGUUCCUUGAUUUCUCUAUGAUGCCCUCAACUCAGUGGCAUCAGAGUAUUCCAGAGUCGUGGAAUUCCUUUGUUUAUGUGAUUGAAGGAGAAGGAGAUUUUGGGUCUCCAAGUUCAUCACCGGUUAUGGCACACCAUGUCUUGGUUUUGACUCAAGGUGAUGGCCUUAGCGUCUGGAAUAACUCUUCAAAGCCUUUGAGGUUUGUGCUUAUUGGAGGACACCCACUUAACGAGCCUGUGGCUCAGUAUGGGCCUUUUGUCAUGAACACGCAGUCAGAAAUUGAGAAAACUAUUGAAGACUAUCACUAUGGCAAGAACGGAUUUGAGAUGCGGAAAUAUUGGCGAUCUCAAUAGUAAUCACUAAUAUAUGAUAGUGAAAUCAAAAUCUAUGUAUCUGAAAAAAAAUAAGAAGCCUGGUUUCCCUAUCCUUUUCAGUCACAGGCAUAGCUAUCAAAGUAGUAGGAGCUGAAAAGAAAUAUUGCUUAUUCUAUCAUUUUCAUUUCCAUGUACCAAAAAGUUUCUAGAAGAUCAAAAUUGCUGCCCGCCCAACUAUUGGUUGUGCCUCAGGUCAUCAUGGGUCAGCUUAUCUUGAUUUUUGCUCUCGCACUUGUUCCCUUUC